AUGGUCAAGCCAUUGUCCUUCAAGGGCGACAAGCCCAAGAAGCGCAAGCGCACGCGCGUCGCCGACAACGACGACGACGACAACGGCGCCGGCGCAGCUGGCCCCUCCUCGGCGAGCAAGCAGCUGCGCAGGGCCGACGAGGCAGGCGAUGAGCCCGCCGACGACGACACCUGGGUCGCGGCCGACGCCCCGUCCGACGUGUCCGGGCCCGUCAUGUUCGUCCUGCCGACGGAGCCGCCCUCGGCGCUGGCCUGCGACGCGAGCGGCAAGGUCUUUACCAUUCCCGUCGAGAACAUUGUCGACGCGAACCCGACCACCGCCGAGCCGCACGACGUUCGGCAGGUCUGGGUCGCGAACCGCAUCGCGGGCACGGAGCAUUUCCGCUUCAAGGGCCACCACGGGAGAUAUCUCGCAUGCGACAAGAUUGGUCUGCUGUCAGCGCACUCCGAAGCCGUCUCGCCCCUCGAAACCUUUAGCCUCGUGGCCACGGCCGACACGCCCGGCACGUUCCAGGUGCAGACGCUGCGCGACACGCUCCUCUCGGUCAAGCCCCCCUCGAAGACGACUUCCUCCUCGGGUGGGCGCGGUGACGAGGUCCGCGGCGACGCCGACACGAUAUCGUUCAGCACCACGCUGCGCAUCCGCAUGCAGGCCCGCUUCAAGCCCAGGCUCAGGGCGUCCAAGGAGGAAAAGGCCCUCGCCAAGAUCAGCCGGCGCGAGCUCGAAGAGGCCGUCGGCCGCCGGCUCGAGGACGACGAGGUCAAGAAGCUCAAGCGGGCGCGGCGCGAGGGAAACUACCACGAAACGCUGCUCGACGUAAAAGUCAAAAGCAAGCACGACAAGUUUAGCUGA